GACUCGUGGCUCAGUUUGCGCGCGACGGUCGAGCCGAGCCGGUCGAGUCUCCGCCGGUGUACAGCCUGUAACUAUGGCUCGGUGAUUAGAUAUUGUUGUUUUUAUAGUUUUAAGCACUGUCGGUUUCCCCGCUUAGCUUUGUUUCGUUAUCGUCCGGUUCGAUAAGUUCGUGAUCAGCAUUGAAAAGCAGAUUAACGGAUAAUACACUGAAAAUGAAGCCGCUUCUCUGCAUACUCGCUCUUCUGCUGAUCGGCUUUGGCGAUGCGCGUAAACAGUCAUUCAUCAGGACAUUUGAAUGCCUUCAGAGCAAUCGCUGCCAGCGGACAUCACGUCCUGUCGACCCAGCCGCAAUGCGAGGACAUGACAAUGCUCGAACGAACAUCGGACUGUCGCAACACACGAGCCUUCAAGCCUGUCGGCUGGUUUGCUCAAAUGCUGCUGGCCUUUGGCCUAUACCUACUGGACCAAUGACUACCGGUACCAAUUACCUGGUCGUCAGUCCCCGUAGCUUCCAAUUCCUAAACGUGAACGACCUAAGCGAGUCUGCGCGAACCUUCGUCUCAGACGCGAUCGAUGUCUUCCUCAGGAACAUUCAAACAAGUUGUGGCCACGACUGCAAACCCGCUGAGCGCAAGGUUGUCGUUCAUCUGAAGGUCGAGUCUUCGAGCUUACAGCUAGACUGGGAGACCAACGAGGCAUACGAUUUGGAAAUCUCAAGCAGUGGGUCGGACGUGGCGGUUUUGAUUGCUGCCCAGACAGUCUACGGAGCUCGUCAUGGUUUGGAAACCUUGUCUCAGCUAACAGCCUCGACGCCUUCGUUCAACAACUACACGGGCAGUAGUGGCAACCAACUUGUGAUCUUGGAUUCUGCAAACAUAAGGGACAAGCCUGUAUUCAAGCAUCGCGGUCUGCUUAUUGACACGGGUCGUAAUUUUCUGCCAGUGUCCGACAUCAUGCGCACAAUCGAUGCACUCGCCUCUGUCAAGAUGAACGUUCUUCACUGGCACGCCACCGACAGCCAGAGCUUUCCGAUUGAGAUACGCAGUAUUCCGCUCAUGGCUAUGUACGGCGCUUACGGACCCGACAAGAUCUACAGUGUGGAGUCUAUGCAGUCAAUCGUAAAAUAUGCCAAGUCACGAGGGAUUCGCGUGCUCCUGGAGCUGGACUCGCCGUCACACGCCGGCGCUGGCUGGGAAUGGGGCGAAACUCAGGGUCUUGGUAAUCUGGCCGUUUGCGUGAAUCAGCAGCCAUGGCGGGAUUUUUGCAUUCAACCGCCUUGCGGUCAACUCAAUCCAGUUAAUCCCAACACUUUUGCGGUACUCAGAAGCUUAUACAAGGAUUUGCUCAAUAUCUUCGGCAGGACUGGUGUUAUCCACCUUGGCGGCGACGAGCUCUUUAUCAACUGCUGGAACGCCACCGAAGAAGUAACAGCCGGUAUGUCAAAAAUCGGACUGGGUCGUACUACGGAAGACUUCUUGAAAAUAUGGUCAAACGUUCACCACAAACAAUUGGAUAUGAUUAAUGAGGAAAGCGGAGACAAGGCCACGGACAAAGCUAUCGUGUGGAGCUCACUGCUGACCUCGCCGGAGUUUAUAGAGAAUUACUUAAACAAGACGAAGUUCGUAGUUCAAACCUGGGUAGAGGCUGACAAGGACCUGAACAAGAAGCUCCUCGAUCUCGGUUACAAACUGAUCGUAUCAACUAAGGAUGCUUGGUACCUAGAUCAUGGCUUCUGGGGUGUGACCAAGUACCAUACUUGGCGUGAUGCCUACAAAAAUCAAAUUCCGCAGCAUGAUGGAGUGCUAGGAGGCGAAGCUUGCAUGUGGGGCGAAUACGUAUCCGUUGGAAGCUUGGACUCCCGCGUGUGGCCAAGAACUGCUGCAGUAGCUGAGAGGCUCUGGAGCGAUCCCUCAAAGAUAGGCACGGCCGAGGCUGAGCCGAGACUACAGGCCCACAUCGCCAGGCUGAACCAACGGAGAAUCUCGCCUGAGGCCAUUACUCCCGAGUGGUGCAAUCAACACGAGGGGCAGUGCCUUUAAAUUGUGAUAAACUGUAAUAAAAGUUUUGAUUUUUAAGAGAUACAAGAGUGAUGAUGAAUGAUUUGCGAUUUUAUAUUGUGAUCUUUACAUAUAAAACUGUACAUAAUGUAACUGAUUUUAAUUUUUUGUACAUCAAAUGAAUUUGCUGAAAAUAAGAAGAAACCAAAAGAAUGAAAUUUACAUUUACUUAAUAAAAACAGAAAUAUAUAGUGACCAUAUAUUUCUUUGACAUUUUAA